AUGCUCGGCACAUGUCCGCUCGAACCUCGUUCACUGACCACUGCAGACACGCCCGUGCUCAUGGCGCCCGUCGGAAUCCAGUCGCUCUUCCACCAAGACAAAGAGAUUGGCACGGCCAAGGCGUGCGCCGCCCUCCGUGUGCCCUUCACUCUCAGCACCGCCGCCUCGACGGGCAUCGAGGAGCUCGUCAAGGCCUGCCCCGAAGGCGCCAAGUGGUUCCAGCUGUACUGGCCGAUGGACGAGGAGAUGACGGCCUCCAUCCUUGGCCGCGCCAGGAGCAGCGGCUACAAGGUCCUCGUCGUCACCCUCGACACUUGGACCCUCGGCUGGCGACCUUCGGACCUCGACGCGGCCAACGUGCCGUUCAUGGCCGGCGAGGGCAACGAGGUCGGGUUUCAGGAUCCCGUCUUCCGGAGAAAGUUUGCCGAGCGGAGUGACGGCGACUCGCCCGAGGACAACAAAGUCGCCGCCGCCAUGUACUGGAUCGGCGAGAGCUUCCCCGGCGUCAGCCGCCGGUGGGAGGAUCUGGCCCUCCUGCGGAAGCACUGGGACGGACCGGUGGUGCUGAAGGGCAUCAUGAGCGUCGACGACGCCCGGCUGGCGGUGCAGCACGGCAUGGAUGGAAUCAUCGUGAGCAACCACGGCGGUAGGCAGCUGGACGGUGCGGUGGCGACGCUCGACGUCCUCCCGGACAUUGCCGACGCCGUCGGUGACCAACUCACCGUGCUCAUCGACUCGGGAAUCCGCACCGGCGCCGACAUUGUCAAGGCAUUGGCCCUCGGCGCCAAGGCCGUUUUCCUCGGCAGGCCGAUCGUGUACGGCCUGGGGAUCAAUGGCACGGCCGGAGCCGAGGCCGUCCUGGCCGGUUUGCUGGCCGAUCUCGACCUCACCAUGGGCUUUGCCGGCGCAAAGUCCGUCGCCGAUCUUCAGCGAUCCAUUCUGCAGCGCGCACCGCAUGCCGGCAACGUCAAGUCCUAUUUGUAA